AUGUUAUGGGGGUCUAUAAUUAUGAUAUACCCUGUAGUAGUAUCAGGAAUGUACGAUCAUAUUCAUCAAGUAUUAGAAAAUAUUAAUAUUAAAUUUAUAACCGUUACGCAAGAAGAUCUAUAUCCAUUACGUAAAGAACAAGCGGUAUAUAUAAAUUGUCCAAAUUCAUUUCUGCCAGAUGUUGGUCAUUACUUAAGAAAAUUUGUUGAAAAUGGUGGGCAAUUAAUCACAAUUGAUUGGGCUUUGGUCAAUGUUUUACAAAUUGCAUUUCCUGAAAAAGUACGUGCAAGUGGUGGAUCCGAAUCAUCAUCUAGUCAAAGGAGUUUUGCCAGCAGCGAAAUUAGCCGAGCCUCUAUGGUGGUAAGAAUCACUGAGUAAUCCAACUGAAAUUGUUGAUAAGCAAAAUGUUCGAGUGUUGAUUCGAUCGAAAGAAUUAGAAGAAAAUAUAAAUCGGACGCUGUGUUGAUUACAUUCGACUGCGGUAAAGGUAAUGUUAUUCAUAUGAUAUCACAUUUUUAUUUGUAAUUGUCUGUUAUAUGAUACUAAUCGCUAAAAACAUUGGUCGCUAUAUAUUUCUGUUUAAAAUAAAUUGGCGUAUAGACGUUCUAAACGCGCCACCCAUUAUGCAGUGGAUGUAAAUGGUUCAGAAGGCGUUCAAAAAUUAUCAGAAGACGCAAAAAAUUUAUAUUAUGCUCAAGUUCAAUCAACCACCACAUCAUCUGAGUUCAUCUACAAUCAUCCAGCUGAAAGAUUAACAAAAUAUAAAUCAUAAAAACACGAUCACUAUAAACAAACCUUAAUGUACACCGUUCUGGUAUCAAACUUCUCUUUCUCAUGUAUAUAUUUUUUGUAGAAGAAAAAUAAAGUUGUUAACAGUUAAGCAUAAGAAGUCUAGUUAGACGUUACUAUUAAAGUAGCAUUCCAGCUUUUAACCCUUUGCCUACGGAUUUAAUUUUCCAGAUACAAUUUCACCAGAAAUACUUCAGGUGUUAAAACACAUUUAUUUAUUCUCAAAAAUUUUGUAGAAUAUGAAAAUGUUUGAAACAAUCAGCAAGGCAUAAGCUAACAUCGUACUCUGUGCACUGAUAACGUAUGAGCAUGUCUUUUCUUCCCCGAUGUGUCAUAGUAUUACUGCAGACAACAUAUUUUAUUCUAGGUGCUUGCCAAAAUUUUCGGAGAAAGCAGAACGGGCUUUUUUUGCCUAUGUGGAGACAAAUCGAACGUGAUAUAAAUCAAACUUAUAUUUCUCAACAGAAAAAACUAGAUAGAUUUCCAAAAUUUGUUCGCGCUUGCUUUAAAUUCUCUCUGAACAUGAGAUUCCAUUUUGGAUACGUUAUAUGUGAUCAGGCUCCAGAUAACAUGUCUAUACCCAGUUUUUCAUGCUGACCUUCGAAAAAAAUUGGGGAUUUUGAAAAUGGAACAGGAAAAUAAUAUUCAGUAUUUUUCACAACUUAACGGUUUUAUCGAAUUCUAGAUCCUUUCAGUAUUUUGAACAUUUGUCCUUCAAAAACCAAUCUUUUUAACCUAAAAUCUAGAUAUUCAUCAGUUCGUCGAGCUCUACUAUCCAUCCAAAAUAUAAGGCAGGUCGUUGUUUUUCCAAUAACUCAAUAAUGAGAAAAGUUAGAGACUUGCAGUUUCCAGCAAACGAAAGAGGACAGCUGACUUCAUAUUUCAUAAGCAAAAGUGCCUUUCGAAAAAAUAUCAGGAUCCGGUUUUUCAGUGGAUCUCUGGAAAGCCAGCUUAUAGCUCGAAAGCUUUACACAGAAAUCUAUCAGUUUUUUUUCAUAUCUAAAUGGUCCGAGGUAUCCUCUACAAAACUAGAUCUAAGUGGCAUCUCGAAAUCUACGGUUCGGGAGCUACGGGAGUUUUUCUGGAAGCCUUAGGACUCCUCUGUCGUUUGGGACUGUCAAAAAUGAAUGAAAACAUAGGUUACAGACUAUGCUGAACCUCGUGGCAACAACUGUUUUUCAAAACAGUUUCCUAGUGAAAACGUACAUUAGGUGAAAUAUCCCAUUUCUCCUUAUUCUUGAGUAAAGUUCAAAAAUUGAUAAUUCAGCCAAGAUCACUCCAAGUUAUGGUCAGAAUAUCAAGAUGUAUUCUAUUUCACCUGCUCCAAAUGAUUUUUUCUUUGAGAAUAGUAAAAAACAUUCUUGUACUUCGGAAGGUUUUUAGAAAGCCGUUUCAAAAACCUGCAUAUUUCCGCUGACUUUUAAAGCUUCUGUUGGACUGCAUAGUACUGAACAGAUAAAAUAGAGUACAUCUUGGUAUCCUGACAUAACUUUGAGUAGCUCUCAACCAUAGAUUUUCGAGAUGCCACUUAGAUCUAGUUUUGUAGAGGAUACCUCGGACCAUUCAGAUAUGAAAAAAAACUGAUAGAUUUCUGUGUAAAGCUUUCG